UUAUUGAAGGAACAUUUGGAGAAAUCUGGAUGCAGUAUUGGGGAUAAGUUCAUCAAGGCCGUUCAUUGUGACAAGCAUAUCAGUGGCGGUUACGUCCGGGCCGAGGGGAUAGUGGUAUGUAGUAAUCACAUGAACAUUCAAGAUGAGGUCAAUCAAGUUGUUAUUCAUGAGCUCAUUCAUGCAUAUGAUGACUGUCGUGCUGCAAACUUGGACUGGUAUAAUUGUGCUCAUCAUGCCUGUAGCGAAAUUCGUGCUGGUCAUCUAAGUGGUGAUUGCCACUACAAGCGGGAAUUGUUGCGUGGUUUUGUGAAGAUAAGAGGUCAUGAGCAAGUGAUUUCAUUUUCUUUAAAAAAAUUAUAAAGUUAUAUUACGAAUCUGCUUUCUGAACAUCCACCAUUUUGGAAGGCAAACUUGUCAAUCUAAUCUCUCGCUAAGCUUAUGAUGUACUUUAGUUUAUUAGCAGAUACACAUAUAUUUCUGGUGGGUACCCCAUCAACAUAUAUUCAUUACACAAGUUAUAUAUACAGUUAUGUAAAGUUAAUGAGAAAAAGAAGCAACUUUAGAGAGGUGGGAGUUUAAUGUUUUAAGAUUCAGGACUUCUAGUUUUUCUUCCUCCCUCCCCAUCUUUAAUUCAAUGUUUAAUAUAUUGAUUCUUUUUUUAAGAUUUAAGCUAAUUUUAUGUUUUUCGACAAUUUUUAAACCUAUUCUUUAUUUUCAAUUAAAAUUGCAAUUAGUAAGAUAUGCAGUAGUACUCUUUUUCAGCCAUGGUUUAUUCUCUUUUUCCAGAAAAGCAGAAAACACAUAUUGUUGAAAGUGACUAAAAUAUUCUUGGCAUCCCUAUUGGGUGGAUUUUUGUACAUAUCUUUUCAUCUAUUUUUCUCUCUUGUCAAAGGCAAAGCUAUGCAGUAGUGCAGUACAUGCACAUGCUACGUAUUUCUGAAUAAAAUGUCACCUGUGAAUUUAAAAGGACAUAGCUGUAUGAUUCUAGAAUGGGCAAAGUUUGGAAAGAAGUGGAUCACAACACAACUGAUUGUUUCGUGCAUUGGGUUUUAGAUGCAAAGCAUUUAUUCAUCUCACCAUUAGCCUUUGCACUUGUGUUUCUUUGAACUGUGUGUGCUUGUCUGCAUGUUAGAUUUGCAUAUGAUAGUUGCACUAUUUUAAAUAACUUUUCCUUUUCAGUUAAGGAAGUGAGAGUAAAAUAAUCAUUUGAGAAGGUAAUUUUGGGUUAUUUUUUCCUUGCAAAGUCUUGAGAGCCAAUGAUCACCUCCUCUUUGAAGGAAUCACAUCAAAGGCAAUUCAAUACUGUACGACCAUGGUUUCAAGAUCAAAAAUCAAAUUUGUUAUUUGUUAUUUGUUAUUUUUAUUUUUAUUUUCUUUCUCUAGGUAAUCGCACACACCCAUUUGUCCAAUUGCACGAGGUCAUUUACACUUUAAAUUUAUAACUUAGCCUGAAAAAAGGUUAGAUAUAUCUUGCUUACUACUUCUAAUUAUUUCAUUCCUACCGUAUUUUAUUUUGUUUUUCUCUAAUAUUGUUCAUGUGUUUUGUUUUACAUGAGGUCAUUUACACUCUAAAUUUGCAGCUUAGCCUGAAAAAAGGUUAGAUAUAUCUUGCUUGAAUUAAAUUUGUGGACGGUGUCCCUUGUUAAAUGAAUUUUGUGGACGGUGUCCCUUGUUCAAAUGAAUUUUGUGAGCGGUGUCCCUUGUUGAAUUAAUUUUGUGGGCGGUGUCCCUUGUGUAUAUUGUGUUUUGGAAUUUUGGAAAUGUCAAUUUUUAAGGGGAAAUCAUGCCGAAUUUUUUUAAAAAAAAAAAAUCAAAAAAAUUGAAUUUAACUCUGCUUUAUAUUUUAUGGAAUGUCCAGUGGGAUUGAUAGGAAGCAUUCUCCAGCUGCUGCAACUCCAGGAAGCUAGUGAUCUCUAAGUUAAUAAAAUGGAGGCCUAUGCAAGUAUAAAGAAGUGGGUGUACAUUUUAUGGAAUGAAUAUUAGUGAUCUCCAGUUUUGUGUACAUUUUAAGUAAGUGUAAUGAAGCGUGUGUGUACACACAUACUAUUUUUAAGGAAUGUCUAGCUCCUUAUAUGUGGAAGUAUAGAUGUGAAUGGUGCAACACUCAAGUUUUUAAGAUUGUGAUGUACAAAGCAAAACUAUAAGUGGAAGUAUAUAUGUGAA